AUGAUCAUGACCGACGAUCAGGAUCUCAAGAUGAACUCUAUCGACUACCAGCCAUUAGUGCAGAAGUACUUCAAGGAACAGGGAACUACUUUCACGAGCCACUACUGCACCAUUGCACAAUGUUGUCCAUCCCGAGUGUCCUUACUAACUGGCAAGGCUGCUCACAAUACGAACGUAACUGACGUUCGAGCACCUUUCGGUGGCUACUCGAAGUUCGUUGAACAAGGCUUGAAUGGUCAAUGGCUCCCGUCCUGGUUUCAGCAGGGUGGCUAUAAUACCUACUAUGUAGGAAAGCUGAUGAACAACCAUUCCGUGCAGAACUACAACAAACCCUUCCCACAGGGUUUCAACGCGACUGACUUCCUCAUUGAUCCUGGCACCUAUAUCUACUACAACUCUACCAUGCAGAGCAACACAGAUCCUCCCAGAAAUUUACCCAACCAAUAUUCGACUGAUGUCGUUGCAUCGCGAGCUAUGGAUUUUAUGCAGGCUGGCAUAGGCGCGGAUGCCCCAUUCUUCCUCACCGUGGCGCCUAUAGGCCCUCAUGGUCAGACGAUCUUCCCUCGCUCACCAGGGAACCCUUCGAACUUCCCCAUUUUCGACCCACCCGUGGCUGCACAACGGCACCAGGACCUCUACCAAGGAGUCAAAGUGCCAAGAACUAGCAGUUACAACCCUGAAAUCCCGAACAGUCCAUCCUACCUCAAAAACCUGCCGCGAUGGAACCAGACUGUCAUCGAUUACUACGAUGAGUUUUACCGUAUUCGACUUGCGUCGUUAGCUGCAGUAGAUGAACUUGUUGAAUCGAUCAUGACGAAAGCUGAGCAGUUGGGCAUACUCGAUAAUACGAUCUUUAUUUACACCAGCGACAAUGGAUUCCAUAUCGGACAACACCGUCUACCGGCAGGUAAAUCUUGCGCCUACGAGGAAGACAUAAAUAUUCCCUUCUUUAUCAGAGGUCCUGGUAUCGCCAAGAAUGCAACGAUCAAUAGCCCAACUAGCCAUACCGACAUUGCACCAACACUAUUUGAGUUGGCAGGUUUAUCGCUGAGGGAGGACUUUGACGGCAUCCCAAUGCCUGUGACAAAAAACCGCCGGAACUCGAAGCCGGAUGGAGGACCUUCCUAUGGACCUGGUAGGGAAAAGCAAGUCAUCAAGCAAGAGCACGUGAACGUUGAGUUCUGGGGCAGUCAGUCACCAGAGGGGAAAUAUGGUGCCAGCCUGAUGCCGCUCUCCAACAACAACACAUACAAAUCUGUCAGGUUGAUCAGCUUAGACUUCAACCUCGUGUACGUGGUCUGGUGUACGAACGAGCGGGAGCUAUAUGAGAUGCAGAACGACCCUGAGCAGAUGCAAAAUCUUGCCAUCACAUUCGGAUCACCUUUGCCAGCGUCGACGCCUAGUACGAAAGCUCCCUACAACGACCCUACCUAUGUCGCAAAACUCCAGAACCGCUUGGAUACGCUUCUUAUGGUAUUGAAGACUUGCAAGGGAAACACUUGCGUUCAGCCGUGGAAAGUCAUGCAUCCUGAUGGGUCGGUCAAUAGUUUAUCGGAUGCCAUGAACAGUCAGUACGAUGAUUUCUAUGCUGGGCAGCCGAAGAUUGCUUACGUUGCUUGUGCGCAAGGAUAUCUUCGUGGUUUAGAGGGUCCCGGAGCUGAUACUGGAGAUGUUCAUGUUUGGUCAAAUUGA